AUCUCUUCUUUCUUCCUAUAUCAUUAUCUUUGUUGAUAAACAAAUGCUAGACACGUGUAGCAUAUGGGAUCCAUGGCAAGAUUGCCAACCAAGUCCCUGUGUUCGAGAAAACUAUUUGAAUACUAUAUUGCUCUCAGUUUCAAUUGCAAUUUCUUUGUGCGUUUUAUUAGCAAAGGCAGUCAAACACCAUAAACAAGAUCAUUCAUACACCCUCAUCAACCAAAAAUCCCAGCUUCCAAGCUAUGGCACUGUAGAUAUCACAUCCGAUUCAAGUUCAUCUGAUACCGUUGUAACACCACCCUCUGUCGAAUUCGAGAAGCGUUGCCAACCAUGGUCUGUGUACAACUUGAUGAGAUUGAUUUUGUCGGUUUCUCAACUGGCUUUGGUUGUCUACGGCACCUGGUCGUUAAUCCACGAUGCUUCACAGGAGAUCGAUAAAGAGGUGGAAGGUUCUUAUAGCAAUAUGUUGCGUAUGUAUUACGCUCGCAUUGGAUUUUGGACAUUUGGUGUCUUGUUGGCUGUAUUAAAUAUCGUGUUUUCAUUGUCUGCUGAUGGCACUACUAGAGCAUUCAGUGAUGUCAUUUGCAAGCAUUUGAAUGUUUUGUAUAUUUUGGAAUUUUUAAUUCAGCUUGUCAACCUCAAUGCCUAUUAUCAAGUAUAUGAUAUCUCUACUGUUAGUGACAGAUAUCAAGCAUGUAUGGUGUCGUUUGCACUUACCAUUUUAUUGUUGAUCUUUGCCGUGAAUGAAGAAAGAUAUGCUCCUGCAGAACCAAUUAUUGCUGAUACAGGUCGUAUCAUGUCUGGUGAAGACUGGGCAUCUACAUACUCCAAAUUUAUGUUCUCGUGGGUCAAUGAAAUGAUGGAAAAGGGAAACAACAAAACAUUAAAUGAUGAAGAUCUGAUUGAGUUACCUACCGAUAACCGAGCCAAAUUCACACUGAUGAUGUAUCGUCUGCAAAGAAAAUCCGCCAUGGCCUGGAAUUUACUGUCUUGUUUCAAAACCCCCUUGUGGAUUCAGUUUUGGUAUUCUCUGGCUUGGUCUGUCUUGAUGUUUGGUCCUCCCUUUUUUUUAAACAAGAUUAUCAAGUUUAUUGAAAAUGGUCAUGAGACAGACGAGCCGGUUUCUUCGGCAUUUAUCUAUGUGCUGUGCUUAUUCCUUACUUCAUCAGGACAAUCCUUGAGUUACCAACAGGCGCUUUAUAUCGGCCGUACAUUAGGUAUUCGUAUUCAAUCUAUUGUCAUUGGUGAGGUCUAUGAAAAGUCGUUGAGACGUCGGGAUGAAAGCGGUGGUACGGCAGAAGAAGGUUUGACCAGUAAACCUAAAAUCAAUGUCAAUAAUCUUUUAUCGGUGGAUGCACAAAAGAUGGGUGAUUUAACCGCCUAUGUGUUUUACAUUUACUGUUUCCCUAUUCAAAUCACAAUCUGUGUCUGGAGUUUGUAUAAACUUUUAGGACAUGCAUCGUUGUGGGGUGUCUUUAUCAUCUGUAUAUCUCAACCUCUGACUUACUGGUUAAGUAGACGUAUUGAAAAGAUCCAGCAUAGAGCUAUGGCCUGUACUGAUAAACGUAUUCGAUUAAUGGAUGAAUUACUUUCUGCAAUUCGAAUCAUCAAGUUCUUUGCCUGGGAAAAGCAAUUCCGUGAACGUGUCAAUGAAUCAAGAAAGGAAGAGCUCAAGGCUGUCCGUUCUCGACUUUACAGUAUGAUGGUAUUGAACAAUGUCUGGUUCUUGAUUCCUGUCAUGAUUAUGGUGGCGGUGUUUUAUGCAUACACACGUGAAUUUAUGUUAACCGCUUCAACUGCAUUCACAGCUUUAGCUCUCUUCAACAACUUUAAGUCUACUUUGGAUGAACUCCCUUUGAUCACCUCAUUUAUCUUGCAAGCCAAUGUCUCCUUGAGUCGUAUCGAAAAAUUUCUGCAAGAAGAAGAAGUCCAAUCCCUUACCCCGAAUACAGCAUCAUCUACUCACGUUGGAUUUAUUGAUAACGCAAGCUUUAGUUGGAAUAAGGGUAGCGAUGCUACCGCGCAUGUAAAGAAUCUCAACAUUUCGUUCCCUUUGAAUAAGUUAUCGAUUGUAUGUGGUCCUACGGGAUCUGGUAAAACCACGCUUCUAUCCAGUCUUUUGGGAGAAACUUAUUGUCUUUCCGGGUCUGCUAUUUUACCUCGUAAACAGUAUACCAAAUCCUCCAGUCUUGGUGGCGCUGUCUCUGGUAUUGCCUAUGUAGCCCAAACAGCCUGGUUGCAAAACUGUAGCAUCCGUGAUAACAUUUUGUUUGGUCUGGAUUAUGAUCAAGAGCGAUAUGAAAAAAUCCUGUACAUGACAGCCUUAACACGAGAUCUCGAGAUUUUAGAGUUUGGUGAUUCCACAGAGGUAGGCGAAAAGGGUAUCACGCUAAGUGGCGGACAAAAGCAGCGUGUGGCCAUUGCACGUGCUGUCUAUUCCCAAGCAGAUAUUGUGAUUCUGGAUGAUUGUCUCAGUGCGGUAGAUGCUCAUACAGCGAAACAUUUACAUGAAUACUGUCUUAUGGGAGAGUAUAUGAGAGAUCGUACCGUUAUUUUGGUUACACAUCACGUUGGUUUGUGUUUAAAGAGUGCUAGUUAUGUGGUUGCCUUGGAGGAAUCAGGAUCUGUAGCUGCUGUGGGUACACCUUUACAAGUGAUUCAAUCUGGUGUCUUGGGUGAAGACUUUUCUGAAGAGAGUUGGAUGCAAGAGAUAGAUGCUGAAGAAGAGGCUGCUCUGGAAGGCCCUAUUCCUAACAUUCCAAAGAAGAACAACAAGGUAACUGCGAGUGGAGCCGGUAAACUUGUCCAAGAAGAGAAACGGGCUGAAGGCGGUGUGAGCUGGGGUGUGUAUAAGACCUACUACCAUGCAUCUGGUGGAUUCUUCUUAUGGUUGUUUGUAUUAUCCUUCUAUUUUCUGGCUCAAGCCUCUGUCAUGGGUCAAGAUUACUGGAUCAAAGUAUGGUCGUCUGCUUACACUUCCUUAAAACAAGUAGUAUUCAACUAUAGCGAGUUCUCUGCCAUGUCAGCACCUAAUGAACAUAUAGCUAAUGCCAUGCACUCCUACAACUUCAUGAUCCCUGCCUCUGUCAAAGCAUUUGCUACUGUCAUGAAGGAGGGUAAAGCUGUAGAUGUCGGAUAUUAUCUUGGUAUCUAUUUUCUGAUUGGUAUGCUUUCCUUGUGUCUGACCACAAUAAGAUAUAUGGUGCUUUUUGCUGGUUCUCUCGAGGCUUCGAAACGUAUUCACGCCCAACUACUUGAUCGCAUUCUUCGUGCUAAAGUACGUUUCUUUGAUACUACACCCAUGGGUCGUAUUGUCAACCGGUUCUCUUCUGAUCUUGAAACGAUUGAUCAGGCUGUCGCGCCCUCACUUUCUUAUCUCGUUUACUCCAUUGUUGCCACCCUCUAUGUUACUGUUCUCGUCUCUGUCAUUACCCCCGCUUUUAUCAUCCCUGGUGUAUUUGUAGCCUACAUGUUUAAGUCCAUGGGACUCUACUAUUUAAACUCCUCUCGUGAUCUCAAGCGCUUAAACUCUGUUUCACGAAGUCCCAUCUAUGUUCAAUUUAAUGAGACAGUGAUUGGUGUAGCUACAAUUCGUGCCUUUGGUAGUCAACGACGAUUUAUUGAGGAGAGCUUUAGCCGAGUUGAUGCAAAUAAUCGACCUUUUAUCUGGAUGUGGGCUACCAACCGUUGGCUGCAUUGUCGUGUAGAAGUUAUGGGUGCUUUUGUAAGUUUCUGUGCCGGUACAGUGCUUGUCAUGUCAAGAGAGUGGGUCAACCCAGGACUUGCUGGGUUGUCCUUGAGUUAUGCGCUUACGUUUACACAUCAUGUACUUUGGGUAGUACGUAUGUACGCAGCCAAUGAAAUGAAUAUGAAUGCAAUUGAGCGUGUACACGAGUACCUUGAUGUUGAAGAAGAGCCUCCUACUCAUAUUCCCGAAACCGCACCUCGUGCUUCAUGGCCUGAAUCCGGCACAGUGCAAGUCAAGAAUUUGGUAAUGAAGUAUGCAGCCGAUAGCCCCGCUGUACUUCGUGAUGUCUCGUUCGAAACAAGACCUCGUGAAAAGAUUGGUAUUGUGGGUAGAACAGGCUCUGGUAAAUCCACAUUGGCAAUGUCCCUGUUUCGUUUUAUGGAGCCUACCGACGGAAGUAUCUUGAUUGAUGGUGUAGAUAUUCAUAAGAUUGGUUUGGAUGAUUUGAGAUCAAAGUUAACGAUUAUUCCUCAAGAUCCUGUCUUGUUCUCUGGUACUUUGCGUAGUAAUUUAGAUCCCUUUGGGCAAUAUGAAGAUGCGGAACUUUGGGCCGCUUUAAAAAGAUCUCAUCUGAUUGACAGUCAACUUGAAAAUGACGAUGGUAGUAUCAAGUCUUCCAAUGUGUCGUCUGUUGAGAAUAUCUCUUUGGAUUCACCUGUGACAGCCAAUGGUAAUAAUUGGUCCCAAGGACAAAGACAAUUGAUUGCAUUAGCUCGGGCACUUGUCAAGAGUACAUCUUUGAUUAUCUUGGACGAAGCCACUUCAUCUGUAGAUUUUGAUACGGAUCAUCAAAUUCAACAAACGAUCCGAGAAGAGUUUAAUGAGUCCACGUUAUUGUGUAUCGCACAUCGUAUCCGUACAGUAGCAGAUUAUGAUCGUAUCUUGGUAUUGGAUCAUGGUGAAGUAAAAGAAUUUGAUUCUCCAUAUGAGCUCAUGACAAGAGAUGGAAGUAUCUUUCAACAAAUGUGUGAACGAAGUGGAGAAUUCCCUGAACUUUUGGCCAUUGCAAAAGCAAAAUUUGACUCAAAAGUAGUUUUAGAAUAGUUUUUUUUUUUCUUCGUGCAUUUCCUUUUUUUAUAUAUAUAAAAUAGCAUAUUAUAUCCAUUC